CGAGUCCAAAAUGGCCCGUGACCAGGUGAGCCAGUAAAUCACGCCCUCGGCCGUGCGGAGGAUGGUUGCCAACUAUAGCCUCGUUGGUGGAGCUCGCUAGCACCAGAGGUUUUAUAACCAACAUGAGGUCGACCCGCACCAAGCACAGUUUACAGCGGUUCUUGGUCCGGACCUGUUUUAUCUUCCUGUUGUUUUCCACCUGCGCCGGAGAAAAGGCCUCCCAUCACACCACGCUGAAGCGCAGCCGCCAGAGUCACCAGAGCGCAAAGCACAAAGGCGCGCACCACCGGCCGCUGACGGACGAGCAGAAAGCGGACCAGAACCUGCAGUUCAUGUUGAGUUUGUACCGCAGCGCAGCGGAGCCGGACGGCAGACCCAAACAGCACCGAAAGUUCGGCUCCAACACGGUCCGCCUGUUGAGACCAUCGGCGUCAUCGGUGCAUUACCUGCCCGCGUCAAGAGACCACCACUACACAUUCACAGUGCAGUACAACCUUGACACUCUUCCUUCGGAGCAGCUGAUCAGAGCUUCGUUCAUCCAUCUUCGCUCUUCUUCUCCUCCCUCCACCACCUCCUCCUCAACCUCGAGCACUUCCCAGGCCCUCAAACUGCCCAGCUGCAGGGCUCAGAUCACCUCACUGGGCAAAGACAGCCUGGUCACCAUGGAUCCUCACGAGCGGUGGACGGAGACGGACAUCACCGCACACGUCAAUGGACAUGUCCAGCAGGGGAAGGACCAAGGCUCUGUGGGACACUUGACCCUCACGGCCCAGUAUUGGUGCACAGACCCUGGGCACGUUGAAGAGGACAGCGGCCUCUCGUGGUGGUGGACUCGUCUACAAGGAGGAAAAAGAUGGGGAGGGGAACCUCACCUGGAAGUGCCAUCACUUCUUCUGUAUCUGGAAGAAGAGAGAGAAGUGAAGGACUGGAUGGGGGAGUUGCUGGGGGUUGAAGAGGAAAACAUUGGGCAGUUGCACCCAUCGGUUCGCCGCCGCCGCCGCUCCAAAGACUCCUCGUCUGCGGAGCCCAAAGAUCCUUCGCUGGACGCUCUGAAAAACGCCCCCACUUCCUCUUCCUCCUCUUCUUUUUCCACCUCCCCCUCUGCCUCCAUCAUCUCCGAUAUCCCCAACUACAAGCGCAAAACGAGCACGCCCAAGAACCGCUGCAAGCUCCACUCGUUCCGCCUCUCCUUUGACGAGCUCGGCUGGGGUCACUACUUCAUCGCUCCGCCAGUGUACAACCCUCGGUUCUGUCAGGGCGACUGCCCGAGAGUUCUCCACUACGGCUACCAUUCCCCCAACCACGCCAUCAUCCAGACGGUCAUCAACGACCUGGGCGUCGGAGACGUUCCUCCCCCGUCCUGCGUGCCUUAUAAGUACAUGCCCAUGAGCGUACUGGUAGUGCACAAGAAGAAGGUGGAGUACAGGGAGCUGGAGGACAUGGUGGCCGAGUCGUGCACGUGUCGCUAGAGACUUCAGAAGCUCAUGAGAAGCACUGAGAAAACAGACUAAAGGGGGCAGAUUUGAUGGGUCAUUUGUCUGAUCUACAGCUUAGCGGCUAACCAUAACGAGCCCGAGACUGGAGGCAGGAAGUUGUUGUGGUUUCAGAUCUUCACCAUCCCUGUUAAAGCACUUUAAAAGUCGGCUGCUAAGGCCUGGGAAGAACUAUGGGCUGAAAAGAUGGGAGAUUAAUGAAUGUGCUGGUUGUUAAAUUUAUUGUCGCUAUAAUGUAAUUUUCCUACUAAGAUCAAAGCUGGGAAGCAUUUUAAGCCAGUUGAGGGAAACGUUACUAACUUAGUAUAAGUGGUAAUUUAACUAAGCUAAACCUAACUGUCAGGGUAACUUAUUAAUAUAAUUUUUUUUGUUUGUAAUAAAAAACUAAGUGGUUUAUUUGAAGACCAAGGUAUGUAGAAUCCAUCUUCAAUAUUCAAUCUCAAACCACAGUCAUCUAAUGAAUAUUUUCUUUAUUGUGAUUAUCUGUGUAUUCGCUAAUAUUUUUCUGUUUCAUUGUUGUUGUUUUUUCAUUUUUUAAAAACCUGAUCUUUGCCUCUCAUCAGGGCUACAAAUCUUGCAACAAAGCCUGUGUCUGUGUGUGGAAAGAAACAUGUCUGGGUAAUGUCUUCGCACUGUGUGAGAUCCUCAACACAUGUAAGAAAUUAGAGACUGCCAAAAAAUCAUUUUAAUGGACGAGGGGUCGACCCUUUCUGAUGUCUGGCCAAAUCGUGUUGGAUGUAACUGUAAAGGUCUUGUGACAUGUAGCAUGUUCAACCUGAACUUUUUGUACAUAUUUAUAACGGGAGGGUUCUCCAAAAACUUGUCUUACAAAAAAAAACACAAAAUGAAGGAUUAAGAAAAGGUGUAACAGUCUUGAAGGUUAAAGACACAGAUGGGAAGUCUUGUCAAGGAAAAGAAUGCAAUUUUUAUUACGAAUGAAAAUGAAUAAUAAAAUAAAAUGCAUUUUUUCUAAA